UGCGAUUUGGUGCGAAAACUGCUCAAUUAUGGCGCUUAUGAGCAAUACAUUCAGGAUCAUGUGGUUCAGGCAGAGUACUGGCACGACCCCCUCCAAGAGGUACUCUAUACCCAAAAGAGUGUAUUUCUUGCGGACAUUAACAAUGAGAGGAAUCCCCGAAAAGGCGAAUACAAGGAAAGACUUGUGAAGCUCAAGAACUUUGUUUUAGUGAAAUAUCUGAACGACUCGAUGGUUGAGCCGAGAGAGUCAUCACUGUUUGGCUUCUAUAUCGCAGGUCAGGCGCAAGAGAUUCGCAAAAUGAGAGACACACCACUCUAUACGGAGGACUGGAUUGGACUCAAAGAACUGGACACAAGUGGAAGACUACAUGAAUAUGAAGUGAUUGGAGAUCACCUCCAGAUUGACAUGAAAUGGUUUGAUGAGGAGAUAAUUGCUAAAUAUCUUAAAUAAAUACCCGGUAUUUGAGUCACACUUUUGAGUCGUAAGGCCUUUGAUGAUCACAAAUGUCUGCUAUAUUACCAAAAAUAUGUGAUAGUUAUUGACAAUUUGGUUAAAACCCUUAAAAUGC